AAUAAUGUUGGAAACAUAGAUGAUUGCAGGCAUAUUGAAGCAGACGUUGUGUUUCUCUUGGACGCUUCCUCUAGUAUGACGCCAGAAGGCUUUUCAGACGUUCUUCAUUUCGUGGAGAAUCUUGUUGGAAAGUUUACUAUUAGCAGAUCCACGGUUCAAGUUGGUUUAGUGACAUUUUCCAGUACACCUCAUCGUGAAUUUGAUCUGAACAGUUAUUCAGACGAUCGUCAUUUACAAAGCGCGAUUCAUCAUGUCAGCUUCACAGCAAAGCAAACGGACACAUUAUCUGCUCUUAAAUUUGUUCACACCUCCAGUUUUGAACAUGAACGAGGAGCUAGGCCCAGUAGCAGUCACAUUGUAAUUCUUCUAACUGACGGAGUUGUUACACACAGUCAUCCUCCCAGUCAUCAAUCCCAUGGGCAAAGUAGCCAUGGACAAGAUGUUCAAACUGAAUUAAACCACACAAUCGAUUUGAUGCAAUCAAAAGGAAUCGAUGUUAUAGCCAUUGGGGUGAACGUACGUAACGCUAACUUGUUGACAAGGAUAACAAGGGAUCCCUCUAAUUACUUUGCCGUCUCUGAUUCUGCAGAUCUUAACCACAAUGCAGAUGCUGUAGCUCAAAGAAUUUGUGCAGUGGCGAGACAAAGGAGGAUAACCACUACCCCAGGAUUAAGCUGUGUGGACAAGGUAGACAACUGUUACCAGUUUGAAAAAUAUUACUGUAUGCCACCGUAUGAGACCUGGGCUCGGACAAACUGUCCGGCUUACUGCGGAUACUGUAAUGGGGGUUCCCCUACCUACUCUUAUAGUACUGCAACAACUUCAAGUAAACCAUCAACUACAAGGGAUGCUACAACAACAAUAUCUGAUAUCACAACAUCAACAACAAACACACCAACUAAAACUCUUCUAACCACUGCUCAGAUAUCACAAGUAACGUUUUCAGGAUCAGUAAAUAAAACGGAGUGUCCAACAUGUGAUGAAACACUCUCCUGUGUUUGGAAUCAGACUUGUGACGUCAGUAAUGUGUGUAUGGUGCGCUCAGUGUCUGGCAGGAAAUUCAACACUCACUGUAUAAGGGCAGAUGACUGUGAGAUUAUGAAAUCUUUUGUACUGAGCAGUGGUGGUGGAGAAAUAUACUGUUGCUGGAAUAGGGAAUGUCUUUGGAAAUACCUUGGCGUUUAAU